GCCCCAGUCAAUCCUAUGGCAACACCUACCAGGUAUACUAUCACCCGACCAAUUUUGAACACCUCGCACUGGACUUCUUCGAUCGACGAAAAGCCAUCUACUGAACAAGAAUUAAUUCGAAGAGAAUACUUACGUGACAUGGGUAUCGAUCUAGGAUACAUGGAACCGUUGAACAUUCAAGCAAUUAACGCCGAAAGAACUGCCAACCAAAGAAGUAACCGAAGGCCGAUUAAUCUGAACUCGGUAGAUCUAGAAG